UCCCAGCCCGACUCCACGCAGCCUAAGAGUUCAGACGAGGAGGAGAGAGGAGGAGGUAUGGGAGGGGAGGACGGGGAGGAGGAGGAGGACGGGGCGGAGGAGGGCGGAACGAAGAAGAGGAAGAGGAGGAUUCUGUUCAGCAAGACGCAAACGUUUGAGCUGGAGAGACGUUUUCGACAGCAACGUUACCUGUCGGCCCCGGAACGAGAACACCUGGCCGCCCUAAUUAACCUGACGCCCACACAGGUGAAGAUAUGGUUUCAGAAUCACAGGUAUAAGACCAAGAAACAGCGGGCGGACAGGGGGAUGGGAGGCGGCGGGGGCGGCUUGGAUCUCGCGCCGCUCGCCUCCCCACGCCGCGUCCCGAUCAAGAUGUUGGUUAGCGACGGAAAACCGGUUCCACAGUCCAUCCCCCACCCCCAGUACCAGCACAUGCCCCCCGCAGCCUACCCCACGCCCUUCCUGGACAUGGGGGCGUGUUUCCAGGGUCCCCACGUCCGUAGUCUUGCCCCCACGCCUGUGACAUCCCACGCCUCCUACGGGAACGCCUCCAUGAUGUCGCAGCUCGCAUUCAACACCUCAGGGUUCCACCAGCCGCCCGAGUAUGGGGUUGGUCACGCCCUCACGCCCUCCGCAGCGCCCACCGGCCCGCCCAUGCACUACGUUCAGCCCGAGGAGCACGACUUGUCUUCCUCACCGCAGUUCCCGCCCACAGGAUUCGGCUACCAUGCGCAGACGUAGGAUUUUGGUGGUGUCCUUCGGGAUGAUCCUAUACUCCUGCCCCUCAGAACGUCCUAUGCAGUGUGGAGACAGGACGUUACCCCCCCACCCCCACCCACCCCGCGCCCAGCACACACGCACACACGAACAGACGUAGGAUUUUGGUGGUGUCCUACGGGAUAUCCUACGCUUGUUUCCUGCGCUUAAGGCAUUCAGAAAGUCCUAUGCAGUGUGGAGACAGGAUAUUCCCCCCCACCCCCCUACCCCGAACACACACACACACACACAUACACACACAUACACACACAAAGAGUAGGAAAUUGGUGGCGUCCUACGGGAUAUCCUACACAUGUUCCCUGCGCUGAAGGUCCUAAAAGCGUCCUAUGCAGCGUGAGGUCAAGGCGUUUAUCCCCCCUCCCCCCUCCCCCCUCCAACGAACAGACGUAGGAUAUUGGUGGUGUAUCCUACGGGAAUGUCCUACGCUCGUUCCCUGCGAUGAAGGUCCUAAAAGCGUCCUAUCUACAAUGACCUCAAGUGUUCUGUUACAAUGCACAGGAUAUCGGUGGUGUCCUACGGGGAUAUCCUACACUUGUCUCCUGCGCUAAAUGCUUCAGAGUGUCCUACGCAAUGUGAGGUCAAGACAUUUCUCCCCUCCCUUUAGUGUUCUGACGUAGGAUAUCAGAUGCGUAUCCUUCGGGGAGAUCCUACACGCUUCUAUCCUAUGCUAAGUGCCUUCAGAAAGUCCUAUACAGUGUGAAAACGAAGGAUUUCUCCCCUCCUUUAAGUGUUCUGACGUAGGAUAUCAGCGGCGUAUCCUUCGGGGAGAUCCUGUGCCUUCAGAAUGUCCUCUGUAGUGUUGAAACAAGACAUUUGAUUUCCUCCCCCCCCCCCCCCCCACGCACACACAAACACACGAACAGACGUAGGAUACUGAGGGUGCAUCCUACGGGGAAAUCCUAUACUUGUUUCCUAGACUCAAGUCCCUCAGAACGUCCUAUACGGUGUUGAGACAAAGGAUUUCUCCCCUCCUGCAAGUGUUCUGACGUAGGAUAACAGCGACGCAUCCUACGGUCAUAUCCUACACUUGUUGCCAGCGAUGAGAAUAUCCUAUACAGUGUGAGGACAAAGGAUUUCUCCCCUCCUGCAAGUGUUGUCAUAGGCUAUCAGCGACGCAUCCUACGGGCAUAUCCUACACUUGUUUCCUGCCCUCAGAAUGUCCUAUGCUUCCCUAUUCCUUCCUCCCCCGCCCUUCAAGUGUUCUGUUAAUCACUCACCGACGCAGGAUAUCGACGGCGUAUCCUUCAGGCAUCCUACACUAAUGUUUCGUGUUCCUCCGAGGUCCUAUACUGAACAAAACAACGAUUUCCUACCCGUUCUGCAGGAUUUUGUUAACACACACACACACACACAUACACACACACACACACAUAGGAUAUCAAAGAGUUGUAUCCUUUUUUAAGAGAAUCCGAUGCUAUUAAGUGGUUCCUGAUCCUACGGUGUCCUAUGGCGAGUGUGACGUACAAAAAGGAUAUUCUGCCCCUCCUAUAGGACUCUCUCUCUCUCUCUCUCUCUCUCUCUCUCUCUCUCUCUCUCUCUCUCACACACACACACACACACACACCUAAUCAGCCCUUCAAAAGAGCAUCCUACACUCCCUAAGACAUCCUACAGCUGGAACAUAUGCGCCAAGAAGGACUUUUAAUUACAAGGAUCUAUAGAAUGAAAAAAAGUAUAUCCUAUGGUGUCCUUAUCCCUCGUUUCUGAUACCCACGGAGUCCUAUAAGCCAAAGGAAGCCGUGGAAAGGACUCAGAAGGAUACUGACACACAGGGGGGAUGGUAGGAUGUGGAUUUGAUGGAGGAAAUGCAAAGAAAAAGUUAAGAGUAGGAAGUGGAUGAAAAAAAGAUUGUGAGGGUUUGUCUCAGUCACCCUUGAAGGACUCCCGUUUUCUUCGGUGCAAUGUAAACAAAGGUGAUAGCGAAGGUGUGCGAGAGAGAGAGA